AUGGCACGGGCAACCACGGCUGCUGCUGUAUUGUCAUCACAUGCUACCAGCUAUCGCUGGAACAACGGGUGGCGGUACAUGGGGCCUAGAGGGGUCACCUAUAGGCGCCAGGCCGUCUUCGGGACGGGAUUUAGGAUUCGUAUCUCCUUCCCUUCCUCGCCUGGGCCGGGACACAGACAGGUGAGAGGCAUGGUCCACCCGCGUGACGCCGAGGCUUGGCGCACAGCGUUUGUAGAUGUAGAAGGUGGUGGCCUUGGACAGCUGGUUGUGUCAGCGGCCGACGAUACCUGGCGAGUAAUCCUCUGCUGGGCGUCAGCUGGCAAGAGGAUCGACGUCGACACCCAGGGCAUCCCGAUCUCACUUGUGAACCUCCAGGUUCGAUCUGGUGUCGACUUACAGAGCCGUUUUUUCAGACAGCUCAACAUAGCGGCCUUCGGGCACAGAGUUGUGAGAUAUGCCCCCAUCAGCGCGUUCGGCAAAAAAUGGCAAGAACAGCUCCCAGGAGCCUGCCUCGCUGUCCUCGUCGCCGACGCUUGGCGUGACAGUCAAGUCGACCUGCUAAAAGCACGGGAGAGGAGAAGGUUUGGAUUCCGCGAUGUAGAUCCCACGGGUGCGUUUAUGAUCUCAUUUCGUGGUGGUCGACCAAAAAAGGGCGCGCCUGUACAAAACAAGAACGAUCUUGACGGUGGGAACUACUUCCGCAACCUCUAUUCGAUUCUACUGGAGCGAGACAUCGGGGAAGUAGAGUUCGGCAAAUGGGUUUCGGGCGACACAGAACCACCCGCCUUGACAUUACUCCACCUCGAAAAGUGGCUCCAUAUGACCAAGGCCAACGUGGUGGUGUGGUCACAUCGGGGCACUGGUGCCAAUAUUCUUGGACCACCCGACGGGAAAACGAACCUCCGACCGCCCAAAGUACACGUCGGGGUGCGUGAGGGACACGUGUACCGGCUUGUGCUCGAGGGGCCUUGGAGAGACAGGUUUGGAUCGUCUCUGGACGUGGCAAUCGAACACCGCGUGCGAACGUACCGUAAGUUCCGCCGAAUGUCUGAGAUGACCGAGGAAGAAGAGGAACCAGGGAGGGACCACAGCCGACAACCAGUGGAAAAAAAGCGUAAGCAUGGGUGGAAGGUAUCAGAAUGCAAGACGUGGUACGCGCCUCCAGGAACGGCCCUCGACGAACUCAUGCUCCACCUACACCUUGNAAAACAGAUAGCAAAGUUCACUCCUAACUACCAUGACAUUCAUAACCAGGGCUUUCGGUGUCCCAUGUCCCUGUGUGAAGACGAGUCCCGACUCCCUCCAAAAUCGGUUUCACUGUUGUCUGUCGUGGCUUUCGUGCCAAAUUUCACUCCUACUAUACAUACUUGCUGA